GGACCAACAUCAUCUCCGGCGAAGAGGUGGCCAUCAAGCUCGAGAGUCACAAGGCAGAGCACCCGCAGCUUGAAUAUGAGGCUCGCGUCUACAAGUCUCUUGCUGGAGGUGUUGGCAUCCCAUUUGUUCACUGGUUCGGUACUGGAUGCGACCACAACGCUAUGAUUCUGGAUCUUCUAGGACCCAGCUUAGAGGACCGAUUCAACUUCUGCAAUCGCAAGUUCUCGCUCAAGACGGUCCUGCUGCUCGCCGAUCAGUUCAUUUCGCGCAUCGAAUACAUCCACGCCAAAUCGUUCAUCCACCGCGACAUCAAGCCCGAGAACUUUCUUAUGGGCCUUGGAAAGCGUAGCAACCAGGUCAAUGUGAUUGACUUUGGCCUUGCAAAGGAGUACCGCGACCCGAAGACACACUCCCACAUCCCCUACAGAGCGAAAAAGGACCUGACCGGCACGGCACUCUAUGCCUCCAUCAACACCCACCUUGGUAUUGAGCAGUCCCGCCGCGACGACAUGGAGUCACUCGGUUACGUCAUGCUCUACCUCUGUCGUGGCUCGCUCCCGUGGCAGGGUCUCAAGGCUUCCACCAGGGACGAGAAGCACGGCCGCAUCAUGGAGAAGAAGAUGAGCACACCUACCGAUGAGCUCUGCCGUGGGUUGCCCAAUGAGUUUGCCAUUUACCUGAACUACGCCCGGUCACUCCACUUCAAGGACAAACCUGACUACAGGUAUCUGCGAGCGAUUUUCCGCAACCUUUUUGUCCGUGAAGGUUUUCAGUACGAUUACAUUUUUGACUGGACCGUCUACAAGCACAAGGAGAAUGCGCUGGCCAUCCAGAAAACUGCCCGCCAUAGUGUUGCGUUUCCGUUGAUUAGCUUACAGAAGGCCGCUAAGCACGGCGACGGGAGGACGGCCCAACUCGCGAGGAUGGGCUCGUCUAAGAGAAUCUCGACUCCCCAUCGCGGUGAUUCUAGCAACCAGCGCCGCACCGCUCGCACCAUGACGGUAGCCACUACCAUGACAAUGUCGCCCCCCAACCUACACCCCGUCCCCACCACGGAAACAGUCGGCGCCAGCGGAUCGAGAGCGGGAGUAGGGGCAGCAGUCGGCGCAGGCGUCCCGUUUGGGUUCGCCGCCACCGAGAACUUCUUCCCGUCAUGGGAGGCCCGCAAGCGCCGUCAGGUGUGGUACUACGCCAUGUGCGCGUUGUGCCUUUUCCCGUUUAUCGCACCGCUCGUCUACUGGGGCACGUUUGACGCCGCACCGUGGCGGUACACACACGGCGAGGCGGAGUUGCUAACGAGGCGCCAGCGGUGGAACAUAUUGGUUGUCUGCGUCGCGUCCGCUGUGGCGUGGUUAGUCGUGCUGGUUGUUUUGGUCACCGUGAUGGUUAUUCGGAAGGUGGGGUAGGGGCGUGCUUAGAAUCGUGUGGGGAAACUAGAGUUGCGGGGUUAAGCUGGGAUACGAGCCGGUGAGCGUGACAUGAUCGCCCUGGAGUCAGCUUUGUCGAGGGAUGUUAGGUGGGCAAGGGUGAGAUUAAAGUCCAAUAAUCUCCGUUGUUGUUUGACGAAUUCGCGGUUGGGUCAAGGGGGUGGCACCCCCUGUCCAAAAAAAGCCGUACACCAAAACCAUCACCCAGCACUUUAAUGCAUCACAAUUCAGUCAAAA